AUGGACUGGGAGGCAGCGCCCCCCAGGCACAGCGACCGCUGGCUGGAGGUCUUGCAGAGCGAGCAGUCGACCGCGCUGGAGCUGCUGGAUGCGGCAGAGGCGGUGCCGCUGGAAGCGAUGAUGCGGGCAGCGGCAGACCUGCGGGAUGCAGCCCACCGCCACAUCACCUUCUCCCCCAAGGUCUUCAUCCCCCUAACCCGCCUGUGCCGCGACUCGUGCGCCUAUUGCACAUUUGCCGCGCCCCCAGCAGCCGGGCGGCGCGCUUUCAUGACUCUUGAGGAGGUGCUCGCGGUGGCACGCCUGGGCGCGCAGCAGGGCUGCACCGAGGCGCUCUUCACUCUGGGCGACAAGCCGGAGCUGGUGUACCCGGAGGCUGCAGCCGAACUGGCCAGCAUAGGCUUCGCCACCACCUUGGACUACGUGGCCGCUGCGGCGGCCGCGGCGAUGCGUGAGACGGGCCUGCUGCCGCACAUCAAUGCGGGCGUGAUGGAUGCGGGCGCGCUGCGCCGGCUCAAGGCUGUCAGCGCCAGCCAGGGCCUGAUGCUGGAGUCCACGUCUGUGGCGCUGCUGCAGCCAGGCGGCGCGCACCAUGGCUGUCCAGACAAGGAGCCGGCUGCUCGGCUGGCCACGCUGGAGGCAGCUGGCCAGGAGGAGGUCCCCUUUACGACUGGCAUCCUCAUCGGCAUCGGGGAGAGCAGGCUGGAUCGCAUCGAGUCCCUCCUGCACAUCCGCCGCCUGCACCAGCGGUAUGGCCACAUCCAGGAGUUGAUCAUCCAAAACUUCCGGGCCAAGCAGGGCACCGCGAUGGCGGCUACCCCAGAGCCCCCGCUCAGCGACCUGCUGUGGACGGUGGCGCUGGCGCGCCUGCUGCUGGGGCCGCAGAUCAGCAUCCAGGCGCCGCCCAACCUCACGCCAGAGCCAGACGAUGCUGCCUCCCCUGGCGGCGGCGCCCUGCCCGACCCCGCCGCCGGCUGGCGGCUGCUGCUUGAUGCGGGCAUCAACGAUUGGGGAGGCAUCUCGCCAGUCACCCGUGACUUUGUCAACCCAGAGAAGCCGUGGCCCCACCUGCAGCGCCUGGCAGCGGUUACCGCUGCCGCCGGCAAGGCGUUGAUGCCGCGCCUGGCCGUGUACCCACCCUUCCUGGUGCACCAGCAGCUCCUGCCUGCCAGCCCACGGCCGCUUGGUCCCCAUCCACCUGCCCAGCGGCAGCAGCAGCAGCGCAGCUGGCUGGAUGCUGCCGCCGGAAGGGACAGCCCGCUGGCGGCGGCGCUGCGGCUGGCGGAUUCGGAAGGGCUGGCUCGGGGCAGCAGCUGGUUUGCGGGCGCUCUGGAGGAGGCUCCUCCUCCUGGCAGCAAGACACUCAUGCACAUUGGCAGGGAACAGCAGACCGCGGCAGCACCCUCAAACAGUCGAGAAAAGCCUGGGGUGACCAACCCGGCCGGCCAGCAGCAGCCCCUGAAGAGCAGCAUGCCUGCGGCGCAACGCCCCAGCGCCGCCCGCAGCUGGCGGGUUGGCUUGGCAGCCGACGGCUUGCUGGAGGGAUGCCAGGGGCCGAAGCAAGCCUCAGCAGAGGUGCAACGGGUGCUGUCCGGCGUGCUGGAGCAUCAGCAGGAGCUCGGCGAGGGCGAGAUUGAGGGCGCCGACUAUGAUGCGGUGUGUGGCGCUGCUGACGAGCUGAGGCGCAGGGUGUGCGGCGACACAGUGACAUACGUCGUUAACAGGAACAUAAACUACACAAAUGUGUGCACCUAUGCCUGUGCCUUCUGCGCAUUCAGCAAGGGCAAGGCAGCCGAGGAGCUGCGCGGGGCGCCAUACCUGCUGUCGUUAGAGGAGGUGGCGCUGCGCACCACGCAGGCCUGGGACCGCGGGGCCACGGAGGUCUGCAUGCAGGGCGGGAUCCAUCCUGACUUCACCGGCGACACAUAUUUGCGCCUGCUGGGGGCAGCCAAGGGCGCGGCACCAGACAUCCACGUGCACGCUUUCAGCCCGCUGGAAGUGAAGCAGGGCGCGUCAACAUUGGGGUGGAGCUUGCACAAGUUCCUCACGGCGCUGCGGGAUGCAGGCGGGUGCCAGCACCUUGCAUUCCUGGGGCUGGGCAGCCUGCCGGGCACUGCGGCCGAGGUGCUGGACGAUUCUGUGCGAGCCGUGCUGUGCCCCGACAAGCUCAGCAGUGAGGAGUGGCUGGAGGUGAAGCGCACUGCCGGCAUCUCUGAGUUUGUCCCGCUGCCGUUUGUGCACAUGGAGGCCCCCCUGUACCUGAAGGGCUCAGCAUGUCGGCGAGGCCCCACGCUGCGGGAGUGCUUCCUGAUGCAUGCCGUGGCACGUCUGGCGCUGCACCCUCACGUGACCAACAUCCAGGCCAGCUGGGUCAAGAUGGGCCCGGGCCGUGCCGCCGAGCUGCUGGGCGCCGGCUGCAACGAUUUGGGCGGGGUGCUGAUGAAUGAGUCCAUCACCCGAGCCGCGGGGGCAGCGCACGGCCAGGAGCUGUGCGCCUCCCGCAUGGAGGAGCUGAUCCGGGGCGCGGGGCGGGUGCCGCGCCAGCGCAGCACGCUGUAUGGUGCAGCUCCCGCUGAGCAGGCGGCCAAGGCGCAGGCGGUAGGUGACAUUGUGGCGUGA